ACGCCAUUCGGAGAACUGCACUGUCUCAGCCUUAUGUGGAUGUGAGAAGGAUAUAAAAACAUUAAACUCAGCAAGAGAAACAGGAGACUCAUCUGAGCAGGUGGAGUUCUGAACGAGCAGCGAUGCUGUUUGAAAAAGGAGCUCUGCUAGUCUUCUGCUGCCUGACGGCGCACACCAUCGGCUCACCCCUCCACCCGGCCUUAAGGUACGACCAUAAAGCUGCCUCCUCUUCAUCGUUCACAGUGCGGUUCCUUGCUGAAGAAUUCAGCUGUUUCCCAAGCACUGACUGGUCUUCUCGGCAAAUCCCCACUGCACAGAGAGCAGAAAGACAUGCGGAUGCCAUCUUUACAAACAGUUACAGGAAGGUACUGGGCCAGAUUUCAGCAAGAAAAUUUCUCCAAACCAUUAUGGGAAAACGAACAGGGUCUGGCAACACAGAGGACUCCAGACACUUGGACAAGCAGCAGAACGGCCUCCACACAGAUGGCCGCAGACAUUACUACUCAACAUUUCUUGGGCAAACAUCUGGAUCCAGCGACAGCCUGACAACCUGAAGACCUUCCAAAAAGCUGCAGUUGUGGCUUCCAUUAACAUAUUGCCCACAUUUCUGAUUG